CGGCCUCCCCUCCUCCGGCGGCUGCUGAUUAACAUCCUCCCACUUCACAGGCGGCUUUCCGCGGCUGGCUGGAGUCGCCUAGUGGAACACUUUGACUUUGGUCUCACGGCGUGUAUCAUCAGAGGCUCACUGUCACAAUGGAUCUCUCUCCCAUUUCUACUACCUGUCAUUUUAUGAUGAAGCCUGGAGACAAACCCUGCUUACCUAGCUAGCAAUAGAUUUAAAUUACUUCCCAUUAUCGGUUUCAGAACUCGUGUAAGGGGUGUAUUUAAUCCUCUUUGUGGUCGAAAUUUAUUUAUUGAUACAUAUUACCUCAUAAGUCACUGUCAAACCACAAUAACUUGCGUUUUAAUUCAAUUUAAUUCCAAGUAGUGAUGGAAACAACUACACUAGCAACCCUGGCUGCUGCCACUACCGUGGCUCUGGCCUCGCAGUCUAACAUGUCAGGCUACUUGUUGCUCUUGGUGCUGGGCUUCAUCAUUGCCUUCAUCCUGGCUUUCUCUGUGGGGGCAAAUGACGUGGCCAACUCCUUUGGUACAGCAGUGGGCUCCGGGGUGGUCACCCUGCGCCAGGCCUGCAUCCUGGCCACUAUCUUUGAGACAGUGGGCUCAGUGCUGCUGGGGGCCAAAGUCAGCGAGACCAUACGGCAGGGCAUCAUUGACGUCCAGAUGUACAAUGGAUCUGAACAUGUCCUGAUGGCAGGAUCGAUAAGUGCAAUGUGUGGCUCUGCUGUGUGGCAACUGGCUGCAUCAUUCCUGAAGCUCCCCAUUUCUGGAACCCACUGUAUUGUUGGAGCAACAAUUGGCUUCUCAAUGGUAGCCAGAGGUCACCAAGGGGUUAAAUGGAUGGAGUUACUGCGCAUUGUGUCAUCCUGGUUCCUGUCACCUGUGCUGUCAGGCAUCAUGUCAGGAAUUCUCUUCUAUUUUAUUCGCAGAUUCAUUCUGAACAAGGCUGACCCUGUACCCAACGGCCUCAGAGCUCUUCCUGUCUUCUAUGCUAUCACUUUGGGCAUCAACCUCUUCUCUAUCAUGUUUACAGGAGCACCAUUGCUGGGUUUUGACAGAGUGCCAUGGUGGGGUACGCUGUGCAUUUCGCUGGGCUGUGCCUUUGUCACAGCUUUGGUCGUAUGGUUUGUUGUCUGUCCACGCCUCAAGAAGAAGAUCAAACGAGAAACAGCUGCUGCACCGAGUGAAACUCCACUAUUGGAGAAGAACUCCAGCAUACCUGCGCUAGCAGAGCAGCCUUCUAUACCACAUGACCUUCAGCCCCAGACCCCUCCAGCAGACAGUCAGAAGGUGGCUUUCAAACUUGGAGGUUCAGAGGAGGCUGAUUUGGACAACAAUGAUAUUGAAACCAAAGACUUGGAUAUCAGCAAUGGUCUGAAUGGCACUGUUGGCCCCAUGGUAAUCACUGAUCCUCACAGUGGACGGUCCCACACGAUCCACAAGGACUCUGGCCUUUACAAAGACCUGCUACACAAGCUCCACAAGGCCAAAGUUGGUGACUGCAUUGGUGACAGUGACACAGAGGAGCGGCCCAUCAGGAGGAACAACAGCUACACCUCUUACACAAUGGCCAUUUAUGGCAUCCAAGGAGAUCCUAAACACAAGGACCUUGAUGGUGGGCUUCAGAGAAGAUCAAGGGUGGACAGUUACAGCAGCUACAGCUCAGCGAUGACUAGUGGGAGUACAGUCCAGGAUGGGAUUGUGACUCAGGAAGCUGGCAGGGACCUCACUGUGGAGGAGGAUGAGCUGGAGGUCGACCAACCAGCUGUCUCCUUCCUUUUCCAGUUCCUGCAGAUACUGACGGCGUGCUUUGGCUCCUUUGCUCAUGGAGGGAAUGAUGUCAGCAAUGCGAUUGGCCCACUGGUGGCUCUAUGGCUUCUGUAUGAGAGCGGUUCUGUGGUGUCCAACGCACCCACACCCAUCUGGUUGCUUCUAUAUGGCGGAGUGGGCAUCUGUACCGGUCUCUGGGUAUGGGGCCGGAGGGUGAUCCAGACCAUGGGCAAAGACCUUACCCCCAUUACACCCUCCAGUGGUUUCAGCAUUGAACUAGCUUCAGCAAUCACAGUCGUUGUGGCGUCCAAUAUUGGUCUUCCUAUCAGCACGACCCACUGCAAGGUGGGAUCUGUGGUGGCCGUGGGAUGGCUGCGCUCCAGGAAAUCAGUUGACUGGCGUCUGUUCAGGAACAUCUUCAUUGCCUGGUUUGUCACAGUUCCUAUCUCUGGGCUCAUCAGUGCUGCCAUCAUGGCUCUCUUCACACAUGUUAUUCUGUGAGCCUUGUCCAGCCACACAGUUACUUCAGUUGAAAGACGUCUACCAACAGAGUUUGUUUGAAUGGCUGAUAAAACUGUGCAAAAGAACAUGUUCCAUUUUUGUUCUCCAUCAGUGAUGAUUAUUAUAUCAUUCAGUGUCAUUUCAAGGCCAAGCCAGUGCUGUUAUCUCACAGGAAUGUGUCCAUGAAUGAUGUAGGAUCUAAUGACACAGUUCAAAUAUCCAAACAUCUGUAAUACUGUAUAUCCCUAUGUAUAUUUGUAUAAAACCUAUGUGUAUUAAAAUAAAUUAGUACAGUUUUGACUGAAAAAGAACAAAUAACAGUUAUAUUCUAAGUUUAUGUAUUUGCAUAUAAUAAAACAAGGAGUUUCUUAAUUUGAAGGGGUUUUAAUGUAUUUUACUCACUGUUAAACAUUUUCCACUGAAUCUAACUUAGUGUGUGUGCAUGUGGGAGUGAUGGGUUAGUAAAAAUGAACAAAAAAACACCAUCAUGAGGUAGUUUUGUUUUGAAAUAUGACAUAACAACUAUAAUUCCUAACAAAUAUUCAUUAAUAAAUGUAACACCAAACACAAAGUCUUGGUUCAUACCCACCUCACCCAUGUAUAGUAUUGGGGAAAAUUGCUUCUCUCAGUUUCAGUUACACCUGUGCUUUACAAUGCUAUACUUUGCAACUUGUGCAAGGGCCACUAUAGGCUUGAUAUAUUAUAUGAUAAACAUAAAAUGUGAAUUGUAGUUUGUAUCUAAUGUAAGUAAUUUUAUAAUUCAUCAAAUAUAAACUUUAGGCUGUUUACAACAAAUUCAUGAUGGGUGUAUUCAAAUUACCUUCUUGUCUAUAUGUUCUUUAAAGCCUAUAGUAACAACCGUUGUAAAUUACCCGAGCUAU